UUGGGCGUCCCCGCCGCACGCCCGGGGAGCGAGCGAGCGCGCGCGCUCCUUCGGCCCCGCCCCCAGCGGCGCGCGCCCCUACGGCGGCCAGUGGGUGGGGGACGCGGGCAAAGCUGGUCAUGGAGGCCGUGCGGAGGGCCCAUGAGGCCGUGCUCUGGUUGCUGCUGUGCCGGCCCUGGGCCUCGGGCGCCGCCUCCCGCCCGAAGCCCCGCGCCUCGGAGGUGCUGACGCGCCACCUGGUGCAGCGGCGCCUGCCGCACUGGACCUCUUUCUGCGUGCCCUACAGCGCCGUCCGCAACGACCAGUUCGGCCUCUCGCACUUCAACUGGCCCGUGCAGGGCGCCAACUACCACGUCCUGCGCACCGGCUGCUUCCCCUUCAUCAAGUACCACUGCUCCAAGGCCCCCUGGCACGACCUGGCCCGGCAGGACCAGUUCUUCACGGCGCUCAAGGUCAUCAACCUCGGUAUUCCAACUUUAUUAUAUGGACUUGGCUCCUGGUUUUUUGCUAGAGUCACAGAGACUGUGCACACCAGUUAUGGACCAAUAACAGUUUAUUUUCUAAAUAAAGAAGAUGAAGGUGCCAUGUACUGAAAGUGUGCAUUGGAGGACGAAAAUACCAGUCGAUUUUCUCAUGUGUAUGUGCAAUAUUUAUUUUUGAUUCCUUAAAAUAAAACUUUGCAAACACCU